UCCGACUUGUUCUGACACGGUGAAAAAUGGGUCCGACUUUUCAUGGUCGCAUUUUUGUCGCAAACAAAGAAAACCUGUCGAGAAAAUAGUAAACGAGCACAAACAGGACUGCAGGCUUGUGAGACUUGCUACAAACACCAAAGAGAAGGUCAGGGGGACAUGUGAAAUAGUUGUGUGCUGUCCUGUCCCCUGCCACACAUGGGCUCAACCAAUCAAGAUCUACCUUGAUGCAGCAUGCAGGGGGAAGGAAAACACAACGGCUGGAAACUUUUAGUAAUAUUGAACAUGAUUCAUCACUGACUGCAUCCCUGAGUGGGAUAUUGUCUUUGCACAUGGGAUUCAUUUAAGGAUCCACCUGUUCUGUGUCUAUUUGUGUUCAGAUUUGCAUGAGUGCAUGUGUGCUUGAAGAAAUGAGGUAAAGGAACAUGAAUGGAAAGUCAAUUCCAGGCUAAUAAAGACUAAAGCAAGAGCAGCAGGAUCCAGUUAAGGUGCCCCCACCUCAUGGAGAAGGUAGGGAAGGUGUGGAGCAAUCUGAAGAGGGGAUGUCAGUCUCUGCUCCACCAAGAUGGAAGUUCCCGUACCGAAAUGCAACCACAGUCACAAGCAUUUUGUAGGAGUCUGGACCAGACCCAGGGGGAGAGCACACCAGAACUAGCCAGUCAUUCUAACUGCCUAGCGACACACCCUGUAGUGUCCCGUAGGGAUAAUGGCAGUUUGAUACAUCGGGGUCAUAACUGCGUGGCAGAUGUGCCUCAGAUACUGGAGAUCACAGUUGAGCAGGACACUGAAGAUGGGUGUGCUAUGCUUGGUGCCCGUAGAGACUCCUAUUCACGCCAUGCACCUUGGAGCGGCAAGAAGAGGCACUCGUGCUCCACCAAGGCACAGAGUUCAUUGGAAACCACAGACCGACGAAGUGGCCGCUCUCGCAGGAGACACCUAACAAAUGACAGAGAAGACGAACUCGACCCAGGAGUACCACGCUCACUGCGCCAGCAGCUCCAUGAAACCAUGGGACUGUGCCUCCCGCUGCGCCUGUCAUCCCGUGGCACCCACACACGUGUACCCAAGCGUAAGAUCCAGAUCACUGAGCUUAUGCUGGAAACAUGCCCCUUUCCUCCUGGUUCUGAUCUUGCUCGUAAAUGGCACCUCAUCAAACAGCAUACGGCCCCUGUUACAGCUACAGCAGUGGACUGCUCCACAGAUGCCCUUAAUGGUGCUUGUGGCUCUCCAGAGGAUGAGGAGGAACGUUUGCGUGAGCGCCGAAGGCUCAGUAUAGAAGAGGGAGUGGAUCCACCACCUGAUGCUCAGAUACACACCAUAGAAGCUAUUACAGCUCCACUGGCUACAGUCUACAAGCUGGGACCUAAACUAGCUCCUGGGAUGGGGGAGGCCUUGGGAGAGAGUCGGGGAGCCACAGCAGUCGACUGUGACUCUGAAGAUGAUGACACCACCACUCUUUGUUUACAGGCUCGCCGUCCGAAGCAGCGCCAUAAUUCAGCAGAGGGCCUCCUUGGUGGCAAGCAGCCAGGGCCCUGGAAAGUACACACACAGAUUGACUACAUCCACUGCUUAGUGCCAGACCUGAUGCAGAUCAUGGCCCUGCCUUGCUACUGGGGUGUAAUGGACCGCUACGAGGCUGAGGCACUGCUCGAUGGCCGGCCUGAGGGCACUUUUCUGCUGCGUGACUCUGCCCAGGAGGACUACCUGUUUUCUGUUAGUUUUCGCCGUUACGGUCGCUCGUUGCAUGCACGUAUUGAACAGUGGAACCACAACUUCAGCUUUGAUGCUCACGACCCGUGUGUGUUUCAUGCUGCCACAGUCACGGCACUGCUGGAGCACUACAAGGACCCCAGCGCCUGCAUGUUCUUUGAGCCUCUGCUCACCUUGCCCCUUCAUCGGACUUUUCCAUUUAGUCUGCAGAGCCUAGCUCGGGCCGUUAUCUGUCGCGGGACCACCUACGACGGCAUUGCAGCGUUACCUUUACCCCCUGCGCUGCAAGACUACCUCAGGGAGUAUCAUUAUAAGCAGAGAGUGCGGGUACGCUGGCUUGAGCGAGAGCUUCUCAAGGCCCAGUGAAACAGAGCACUACUCCUAAUAAAUUAAGAAAGGGGUUUUGGUGUGGGAGGGGGUUACACUGCGUUCCGAGCAACAGGGGAUAUGUGCACGCUCCCUGAAGAGAAGACCAUUCAGCACUUUGCAAGAGGUUUGGAGGAAAUGAUGUUUUUGUAGGAAAAGGCUUUUGAGGUGAAGGGUAAUCAAUGCAGGAGAGGUGCAAAGGGGCCUGAACAUAAAACCCACUAUAUAAGCAUUUGGGUUUAUUGUUGUUUGUUUGUUAAUAAUCAAAGCAAAUACCUAUACAGCUAAAGCAGCCUCCAGUAGACAAACGAAAAUGAACUGAAACAGUGAGUUUUUUUUACCUUCCCACCCCAUAUCUCCUAGUGUCUUUUUUUGCAUUGCAUUGCUUUGAAGAAGAGGAGUCUACUUUAAAGUGCACUCGUACAUCUCCAGUCUCUCACUGCUUAGCUACUUGCUUUUACUCUUUUCACUACUUUUAUUCUUUUUCAUAUACUAACAUAUUUGUGCAGCCCUUCACCUCCACACUUAAUAAUAAAAGACACGUUUUGAGGUCAUGGACAGUUCGUGGACAGUUUUGGCAAGAUGGUGUGUCGUGGGCAGAGCUGUGAUCAAGUCAUGUUUACCGAUAAAUCUUUGCGUUCAUGGUGCUCUGUUAGUGGUCCCACAGUUACAUUCUGUGUUUGCCCUGUCAAGAAGAGUCGAUCAGACAAUGCAGGGCAGGAAACAUAUAGACUUUGGAUCUAUAGCAUUCACAGACAACAAGAGCGGGUCUGUGAAGGAAGGACCCGGUUCAGUACUUUGUGUCCAGACUGCUGUUAUAGAAGGUUCGACAGAAGGUCUCUGACAUUCUGCUUCUUUUCACUUCCACGAAGUGAUAAUGAUGAUUAUGAUGAUGAUGAUGAUGAUGCAUAAUGUGGCUAUAGUGUCAAUCGUGUUAUGUGAUGCAAGUGUGCCUGGUUUUCUAAAAGACAUAGUCACUCUAUGUGUGAAAGUUCCAUUGCUAUCAAUAUGUUUUGUAAUCAUUAAUUCCUACCACUAAUUGCACAGAAAGUGGUGAUAAUUGUAAUUCUGUUGUUUUUUUUGUUUGUUUGUUUGUUUGUUUUGUUUUAUUUUAUUGUGGAAUGGACUGUCAGUGCUAAAGGAGAAGGAGAGUGUUAAAGGGCACUAAAACUAAACUGUGCUUAUAUUAGUGGGAGCAGCAGAGGCAAUAUAUAAUCCUGCAACACUGGGACCAUUGUUAAGUAUAAACCUUUAUAUAUCGAUAGACACAAAUACACACUAUAAGCUCACCUUCUCUGAUCCACAUUGCACUAGAGUUCUACAUCUUGGUGAUCUUGUCAGUCCUAUUGCAUGGAAUUACUCUGCAGUUUCAGAUUUACACUAUAUGAUAGUUCUCAUAGUCUCAGAGGUCCAGUUCAGCUCCUAAAUGCAAGUGCAAAUCAGUCAGUCCUAUGCUAAUGCUUUAAAUUAAUUGACUUAAACUUAUACAUAUAGAAUUUAGGGAGCUUAUCACACCUGUAUGCUUUUCACACAGCCUGAAAAUUUGAUGAUUCCUCAAGCAGUCUGCCUACAUAGACCCAUAACUGUCAACAUUUUUACAUGACUAACACAUAUUCAAUAUUAUAAGGGUUGAAAUACAGCUUCAGCAUAUCAGUAUUUUUGCUUACAGCAUGACACGUGAGCAAAGAGAAUGAUGGGGAGUGGAUUGACUUCCUUGGGAAUCCGUUGUGGGUGUAUAUUUGUUUUGUUUUGUGUUUUUUUUGUUUGUUUGUUUGUUUUGUUUUGUUUUUGUCCCUGUGUGCUGUGAAGGAUCAGGUAGAUCUAGUAGUCUGGAAUUGCUUCAGACUUAAGUUCAGAUUUCUGGCACUGACACAGUGUUAAAUCAUCUCUACCUGCUCCUGAUGCACAACACUGCUCCAUCAACUGUAAUCAAGAUGUCUUCCCAUAUUAUGACGUACAAUGGGAGGUUUCCAUUCACAGAGGACAUGUCAAGUCCCGUGUUUUAACUAGUUCUUUGGUCUGACAUUUGGCAAGGUUUGCAAGAUUCCCUGGCUCAUGCUGCCUCAGCUGGAAUGGUGGCAGUGGGGCAGGCCACAGGCUUACCUGAGAACAAUGGGGUCUUUUGAGAGGGCUGGCUGUCCCUCUCACUGCCUGCCUGUAAAGGUGUGUCAUGUUUGGCCUGGCUCCAAGGGUGCUCUCGGUAACUUGAUACAUGUGCACAUUUCAGGCAGACUGUGAAGUUGGGUAAGGGGUUAUGGAGUGGGAUGAGGUGUUGGCACCAUGGUGUGUCUCCCCUCUCUUCAUCCCUAGUUUUCUUAGAGAGAUGUACAGGAUAAAAAGUAUAUUGAUACAGAUUUUUAAAUAUUUUUAAUAUUAGCAGUAAAAAACAAUGCUUAGUGGUUAGGUGUUGGAAGGGAAAAUUCGCCAUUUGAAAUGGGGAUUGUCCAGUUCGUGUGUGUGUGGGGGGGGGGGGGGGGGGGAUUGAGUAAACUGGUACAAUGUGUCAUAAAUGUGUAUGAUCUAAAGUAUCUAUUAAAGUGACCAAAGCUUUUGGUUUUGACUGUAGCAGAUCCAAAUCAAUCCGUUGACAGGCUUACUGCAUCUUCCUCUCCGAGCAAGUACAGUUACUAUUUACAGGUUAAACAUUUCAACGAUACGAGGACCCAAUUUAGAGACCCGAAAGGUACUUGUGGGUUUUCUGUAGUAUGAUAUGCAAAAGUGCCUUUCUCUUUUUUUUUCCAUGUUAAGUCUGGAGAUAUUAUAUUUCAGAUAUUUUUCAUAAUAUCUGAGUUACUGACAACCUGCAACCUAUGAGAAGCUCAGUGUCCCAUUAAAUAGUCAAGAUUUAUGUGUAUGUUUGAAAGUUUUAGAACUGGAUAGCAAGUGUGUGCAUGUAUGAGUUUGAAAAGGGGGUUAAAGGCUUUAUGGAUGGUGUAGGAGGAAAUAAAGCUUGUAUCUCACUAGGGUGUUUACUAGGCUAGACUUUUUAGGCUAGACCUUAAUGGUCAACCUGCAUCUGCUCAUUGUUUAACGGUACAGUGUUUAGUGUUUAUAUUCUCAGGCUGUCUGGUGUCUGACUCCAUGCUUUUCUGCAUAGAACAAGAGAAGCUGCAUGGAGAGGUCUGCAUUCGCUCUGGCCACCAAGAGACUUAGAAUAAUAUGAAAAAGACCCAGAUGUUGGUGCUGAUAUAUAGAGGCUGGUUAUUUACUUGAUGCUGAAUUUUAAGUAAUCAGAGUUAGCAUUUUUUGAAUUAAAAUAAGAGUUUAGUCUUAUGGCCCCAAGCAUGUGUGUGGUAAAGCCACAAUAAAAGCUAAUUCAUUGACUUGAUAACACCUCACUUGUAUCGUUAAGGGGAGAUGUGGCAAGCCAUUUCAUGAAAUAAUCUUGCACACUUAUUAUAGGAGAAAUUGUUUUCUGUUUAAUGUUAUCUGGAAUGUUUCUGUACAUAGUAUAGGAAGGUUGAGUGUAGUAAUGCUUGACAAAGUGAAUUGAAUGAAUGGCUGGUCAUCUGAGUGACUUAUUUGAGUUAUUUACAUUGAAAGAAAUCCUUUAUUGCAAGGAAAUUGAACAUCAUGAAUACAACUCGUCACUUUAAUGCUGUAUAUGCACAUUCAAAUGAGGGGAUGAAGGGGUGAGCAAUGAAGGUGGGGGUGUGGCCUGGGUGCCAUUGAACCAGCACUUGACAAUGAUCGGAAUUGAUAAAGACGACACUUUUUUUCAUGCCCGGUGUCUGCCACCACCUUAUUGAGUUGACUACAGAAAAAUCCCCUCAAAGCAUUUGUUUAUUGACCCCUCAUGAACUCCCCGGAGUCACAGGUAUAUCACUCUUUCUAACUAUCUUUGUCGGUUUUAAAAAUACUAUUAUUGUUUUUUUUUUUUUUUACACUGCCAAAGGAUUGUACUGUACAGUGUAAUCACUCACUCAUUUCUUUGUCAUUGUCUUCUAUCUGUCUUUAACUGUUUUACUCUUUUUCUCGCACUCUGUCUAUCUAUCUUAUGUACAGUUAAUGAACCCUGCUUUUUGGCUAUGUUACUAAGUUGCUCUGUUGUAUUAUUUUGUUUGACUUCGGUAACAGUAUGCUGUUUGAGGUCAGAGGGGGCACCAACUCUUCCUCUCCCACCAGUAGCUGUCACUUGUGGUGCUCUUGGCUUACGCUUCUUUGUCUUACUAUUAAAAUAAAUAAAACAGUUAUACACGUCA